AUGCUAGAGUCCGCUGCGACGACGGCAGCGUCGAUCUUGAUUUUAGGGCUCGCAGGCUAUUCAUAUCACAAGUAUUACAAGUAUCUGAUCCUGCAAAAGAUGAACAAUGCUUUUGAGCCGGGAGAUCCUGCGCUGGAAAUGGCCGGCGUCACUUCGGGAAAACAGAACUACAACACCGAGGAACAUUGGGUUGUCCGCAAAGAACAAGAGAGAAUCAACGACAUCAUCGCAGGUAAAAGCAAAGGGCACUACUAUCUGAUUGUGGGCGAGAAGGGAACGGGCAAGACGUCGAUGCUCCUAGAGGCGAUGCGUAAGACCAACGGCGAUGGCGUUGCCAUGUUUGAAGCUCAUGGAGAUCUCGAGAUUUUUCGGGUUCGAUUGGGCAAGGCAUUGGAUUAUGAGUUUCACGAGGAUUAUAUUGGCAGUCUGUUCAGUAUCCGAGGUCCACGAGACACCACAGCCCUCUUGGACAUUGAACGAGCGUUCAAUAAGCUAGAGAAAGUUGCCCUCUCGAGAAGAGCACAGGGAAAACCGCCCUUGAUUUUGGUGAUGAACAGUUCCCAUCUUGUUCGAGAUGACCAUGACGGUCAGGAUCUUCUCGAGAUGAUCCAACAGAGGGCUGAACAAUGGGCUGCCAGCAACCUGGUGACAACCGUCCUUAACAGUGAUGACUACUGGGUCUACGAGCGACUGAAGCGCUACGCCACACGCAUGGAGGUUAUCCCGGUUUCGGACCUACCAAAGAGUCAGGCAAUGGCAGCUCUCAAGAAGUAUCGCCUUCGGUACUCUGGGGAGGAGCUCUCUGACAAGGUGUUGGCGGAGGUUUACGACUUGGUCGGUGGGCGUCUCUCUUUCUUGAACCGAGUAGCCAAAUCCAAGGACAUCAUUGGGACGUGCCACUCGAUCUGUACGGCGGAAAAGACCUGGUUUCUAAACAAAUGCUGGAUUCUCGGAAUGGAAAUGGAUGACGACGUGAUGGACGAACAAAAGUAUUCAUCUGCCGCUAUGGUUCUCGCAAAGGCACUGGUCGACCGCGAAGAGGAGAUGGAGGUGACCUACGAUCCGGAGAAAGGGCAUAUUCUCCCGGAGAUCUCCCUCCAUAAGGCGCGCCAAAUCAUGACCCGGGCAGAUUUCAUCCAGAGCUACGACCACGACAACAUCUUCACCAUCGACUCGCGUGCCAUGGUGCGCGCAGACUCGGUCCCCAUGCAGAUUGCCUUCCGGGAGAUCUGCUCGCAGCCUGGAUUCGACAAGCAUCUGGAAGGCACCCUGCAGCGAAUCGGAGACAUCGAGAGCUUGGGCCGUACACGGGAGCUCACCAUCAAGGAUCUCUGGGACCAGGGCAAGUACAAGAUCGUGGUACGCGAUCCUCACGGCCGGGAGAGUGGCACUGUGGAGUUUUCAACCCACGCGAUCCAACUUGGAUACUUGUUGAUUAUCCUUUUUUUUUUCUUAAGAAAAAGUUUUUGCGAGAAGAAAACAAUGCCUGCGCGCAGCAAAAAGCACGUCGCCUCCUCUGUGUCGCGAUCGGAUCGCGCCGCCCUGCAGCCGGAGUCGAGUCUCGCGCGAAUCCCCUCGCCGGUACGGUUUCUGCUGGUUGUCGUGAGCAGCCUCGUGCUCAGCUCUGUGCUAUUCACCUUCUCGGCCGAUGUCACGCUGGGAGACCUCGGCGCGGUGAGCAAACAUCUGGAGGAAUGGUGGGAGGUCGGCGGGCUGGUAGGCUGGAAGGCGGUGGAAUUGGGUCUGGCCUGGAUGCUUGGAUUUGACGGUCGAGAUGUUGCAUCCUCGAUAUUCCUGACGCACCUGCCCACAUUUACGCUUCUGGCCUCGUUCUACGGCGUGCGGCCGACGACGAUGCUCGCCAGCUUUGGCAUCACCCUCUUUUCGACGGCCGCGCCGUUCGCGCUGCUACGCCGCCCCUCCUCCGUGCAUGAUCUGUCGCAUGCCCCCUCCGGCACGGUCUCGAACCGUUCCAUCAUCCAGGACCGCGCCACGGCCCUAUACACCACCAUGGCUGCGUCGUCUAUCUUCGCCGUCGUUGUCUACCUGAGCUACGCGACAUGGCUGCCGGCCCAGCUAGUCUUGCACUUUGAGAACAUCCCGGACAUCACCGCCGCGCACGCCGGCCCCGCCGGGCUGCCCGUGCUUUUCCUCAGCCUCGUCCCCGCCGGCUGGGCUGCGCGUGACUUUUUAUUUGUCAGCUCGGCUGGCUCAACGGCGGAUCAUGACGAGAAAGAAGAAGGAGAAGAAGGCCAGGACGGGGAAUACCUUGUCGAAGCCGUCUGCCGACAGACGUGGGGCCGCCUUUCUGCCAAAACUAGGGUGCUCGUCGCACGAACCUUCUACCUGGCCGUCAUGUUGGUUCUCAACACAGUCGUUCAGGUCGCCGGGACGAUCAGGGGCGUCGACCUUCAGGGGGCCUCGGCAUGGGGCACCGUCUGGGCUGUUGCUGCCUUGGCCAUUGGCUUUACCUUUGGCUGGAUCGAGGCAGUGGAUGGUGUAUAG